UCUGCAUCUCCUUUAUUUUUCCUCUCAGAUCCGUGUGAGUCGUAACAAGCAGAGAGGUCUACUUAUGGUUGAUGGGCGAUACAGUAAACAGAUGAUCAGUCCGAAGAAGGCUGACCUGUUAGAUGUGGUGGGAGUACUGUAUGUUGGUGGAUUACCAAAAAACUACACAUCCAAGAGAAUAGGACCGAUUCUCUACAGUAUCAAUGGAUGUAUCCGUAACUUUAAGAUGGUGGGAGGCCCUGUAAGCACCAAGGCAGCUGCCACAGGUCGCUCUGAAGUCAUUGAGGACUUUAAAUUGAAUAUGGCCACGCCCACUUCUAGUCACAUGGUAGGGAGGUGCUUUGUUGCUACUGAGACAGGCACCUAUUUUGACGGCACUGGCUUCCUGAAAGCAGUCUCUUCUUACAGGGUGGGUCUAGAUGUGUCAAUUGCAUUAGAGUUCAGAACCAGCAAAACCAAUGGAGUGCUUUUUGCCAUAAGUAACCAAGCCAACGAUGGACUCGGACUGGAGAUUGUCCAGGGCAAGCUGCUCUUCCACGUUGACAACGGAGCUGGACGAAUCACAGCCGAGCACAUGCCUGAGGGCGAGGGCUUCUGCGAUGGCCAGUGGCACUCUAUCACUGCCAACAAGCUUCGCCACAGGGUGGAGCUGGUGGUCGACGGGAAGGAGAGCCAAGCAGAGAGCCCUAACGCACGCUCCAACACAUGUGACACCAAUGACCCCAUCUAUGUCGGGGGAUAUCCUGAUGGAGUUCGUCAGGCAGCGCUCUCUACCAGCACAUCUUUCAGAGGUUGUUUGAGGAACCUGAAGAUCACCAAGGCUUCAAAGACCAUGGAUGUGCAGUUCAACAAGGCUCUAGAGAUCAAAGGAGUCCAGCCUCUCUCCUGUCCUGCUGUAGCUGCUUAACCGGUACCUUAGCGCAUCCACUUUGUUUCCUCUAAUACAGUACUUCUUCAAGGAGCUACACAGGGCAC